AUGGAUCGCAUGUACAACUUCGGUCCCAAGUUCAUCGACAUCACAUGGGGUGCCGGCGGUCGCAUUGCCGAACUUACUUGCGAGAUGGUCGCCCAGGCUCAGGCGUACCUUGGCCUCGAGACGUGUAUGCAUCUUACCUGCACCGACAUGGGCGAGGAGAAGGUGAACAACGCUUUGCAAAGAGCCUACAAGGCCGGCUGUACCAACAUCUUGGCUUUACGUGGUGAUCCUCCCCGUGAGAAGGAGAAGUGGGAGGCUGCUGAGGGUGGUUUCCAGUAUGCCCGGGACUUGGUCGCUCACAUCCGCAAGCUGUACGGCGACCACUUCGACAUUGGUGUUGCCGGCUAUCCCGAGGGAUGCGACGACAACAAGGACGAAGAGUCUCUGCUCGACCACCUGAAGGAGAAGGUCGAUAUGGGCGCGUCUUUCAUCGUCACUCAGAUGUUCUAUGACGUUGACAAUUUCCUGCGCUGGGUCAAGAGGGUCAGGGAGAGGGGCAUCACAGUUCCUAUUCUUCCUGGCAUUAUGCCCAUCGCCACUUACGCCAGUUUCCUUCGCCGCGCGAACCACAUGAACUGCAAGAUCCCCGAGGAAUGGAUGGCCAAGCUCGAGUCCGUCAAGAACGAUGAUGUGGCUGUCCGUGAGAUUGGCAAGACUCUCGUUGCCGAAAUGUGCCGCAAGAUUGUCGCCGCAGGUAUCCACCACUUGCACUUCUACACCAUGAACCUUGCCCAGGCCACGCGCAUGGUUCUCGAGGAGCUUGACUGGUUGCCUUCGCCCAACCGGCCGCUCAAGCGCGCUCUUCCCUGGAAGCAGUCUCUGGGUUCCGGCAGAAGGGACGAAGAUGUGCGACCCAUUUUCUGGCGCAACCGCAACAAGUCGUACAUCACCCGUACCCAAGACUGGGAUGAAUUCCCCAACGGCCGCUGGGGUGAUUCGAGAUCUCCUGCCUUCGGUGAGCUGGAUGCCUAUGGUAUUGGCUUGACGGGUUCUAAUGAGCUAAACCGCAAGAAGUGGGGCGAGCCUCAAACUGUCAAGGACAUCGCCAACCUUUUCGUGCGCUAUCUUAACCAGGAGCUCGAGUACCUGCCAUGGAGCGAGGCCCCUAUUUCGAGCGAGGCUGACCUGAUCAAGGAUGACCUCAUUUCUCUCAACAACCGUGGUUUGAUCACCAUUAACUCCCAGCCGGCCGUCAAUGGCGUCAAGUCGACACACCCCGUCCAUGGUUGGGGUCCCGCGAAUGGUUAUGUCUAUCAGAAGGCUUACCUGGAACUUUUGGUCUCUCCCGAACUUUUCCCCGAGAUCAAGCGCCGCAUCGAGAACCAUCCCGACAUCACUUAUUAUGCCGUAACCAAGUCUGGUAACCUCCACACAAACGCGCCAUCUGAGGGACCCAACGCGGUUACAUGGGGUGUUUUCCCAGGCAAGGAGAUCGUGCAGCCCACCAUCGUUGAGAGCAUCAGCUUCCUUGCGUGGAAGGACGAGGCCUUCCAAUUGGGUAUUGAGUGGGCCCGCUGCUACGAUGCUGAUACCCCCAGUCGCCUCCUGAUUGAGGAGGUCAUGAACAAGUGGUAUCUGGUCAACAUCGUGAACAAUGAUUUCCACCAGCCACGCACCAUCUUCGAUAUCCUGGGUGACCUGUCUGUCUCUGAUCUCGAGAAGGUUUACACGCCCGCGCAGACGAACGGUGCCACCAACGGCGUUUAA